AACCUGGUCUGUGAUGGGGGCGGUCACUCAGCCAAUCGCAGGCUGACGGUGUCAGUUUAUAACGCAUGGUACCACCUCAGUGGAUGCAUACACAUCGCGGGUCCUGAAGAGCGCGACCAGAAAGAUGAGGUGGCUUACCGCAUUUCUACUGGUCCUUCUGUCCAUAAUGGCCGUACAUGCCACCGAGAGCACCAAGUCCUCCAGUAGCAAGGCAGCGAAAGCCACGCAGGCCCCAGAGAUGGAUGACGAUGAGGAAGACGAUGAGGAGAUGGGCGGGUUUGGAUGGUGUAGAGAUGACCAGAGGGUGGCUGCCAUCUGCAUAGCAUGUGCUCAGCUUCCGGAGGCGCUUUCACUACCACCGAGCGAAUGUUGCAGCGACGCCGAUGCCCUAGAAAUCUGUAAGAACUGUGUUGACGACCCCGUCCGAUGUCUUCGAGAUGUGUUAGAUAUCGCCACAGAUGGCGAGAGUCCACAGAUAGAGGACGAGGACAUGCAGGCGUACGACAAGCGAUACGGAAAGUUGUUCUCGAGCCAGAAACCAAUGUAUGUUCCUGAUUAUGAAGCCGAGAAGAGAUUUGGCACUCUACAUCUUGAAACUAUGGGAAAGAGGUUCGAUGAUGAAGUGGAGAAGCGAUGGGGGACCCUGAACCUAGGCAGUUACUUUAACAAACGUUACGGUAUGCUGGGUUUGGGCAGCCGGAACCCAAAAAUGGGAAGGAGGUUUGGGACACUCAAUUUUGGAGGACUUUACAGCAAUGUUGGAAAGAGAUACGGGAGUCUCAACAUUGGCAAGAAGAGCGAUCUUUUAUCUGAGACGGAGCUGGAAAAGAGGUACGGUUCAUUAAACUUGGGCAAGAGAUACGGGACUCUGAACAUGGGUAACGGGUAUCGUGGACCUCUGACCCUGGGCAAGCGAUAUGGAACACUGGGCAUGGGUAACACCUUUGGCUACUUCCCCUAUAAGAGAAGUGAGUACGUCCCAUACAAUGGAGCUAUUGGGACAGACAUGAAGAAAAGGUACGGUCGACUAUUUAUGGGGAGGUUUGGUGGAAAGCGGUUAGGUUCUGCUAACGAAAUCAGAAUCAGUCAAAUAAAGAAAUGAAAUUCGGGUAGACAAGACUGAACUUAAGAGACUUGUACGAGAGUCAUCAAAACUCAUUACAGUGUUCAUUAAAUGUACCACGUGAUACUGACAGUGCUUUAUCUGGACACUGCCUCACUACUACAGUGGAGAGUCUUCGGGACUUGUCAUCAAUGUUUCAGAUGUCAACAUAACAGUGACUUGUUAUACAAAGAGAAUGCAAUCACAGACGUGUACGCUCGAUACAUGUAACAUUGGAUAUUAGUGACGUGAACUAUUAAGAGAGUAACUCGCAGGGGUAACACUGCGAUUCCAUACAGACACGAACUUGUUCCAUUCACAGAUUUUACAUUAGAUAGAAUUGAUCUCUUCUGUGAUCCUGGAAGUCUUUUUGUUUUGUUGUUAUUUAUUUUGUGUAUUUGUAUGUCAAUAAAAGCAUUUGACGAUC